AUGGUUGGAAUAGCAGAUAUAUUAAACCAUAGUGAUGGAAGCGAUGAAUCAAUCAAACAAAAUGCAACAUCGUCUACUCCCAGUCAAGGAAAAACCUCUUCGCUGACCCGAUCAUCUAUUAGUUUGGAUGGUACCGGGAUGGGGUGGGAGACGAGUCACGGACGGCGUAGUAUUCCCAAAAGUAAGAUAAACAAGAAACACUUAGGGAAUAAAAAGUUGGUCCAAAUUUCGAUACGAAGAAAAUCGACAAGUCGAAAGAGCACCACGACAGAAAAUACUUCGGGCGUGAAUACGUCUAGGUUGCAUAUCAAGUACUUGGAGGCAGGUAUGAGGGUGAAACUUACUAUGGCUCCGUCGAUAUUUUCCUUGUAUAAUUCGCUCAUCCCUCAUACUAAUCGAAGACAAGUAUAUGCAUUAAAGUCUCAUCAGUCUGUUUUCGACGAUAUUUCCAAGAAUAUGGAAAAAAUGCCCUCAGAUGGAACCAUAAUAAACAGAAACAUGAGGUCGAGGUCGUUACAGUUGAUCGACAACAACCUUGUAAAUUUGGCGGGUUAUUCCAACAAAGUAUUAUCGCCGUUUGGCAGAAAGAAGGAUGGUGACGUCAGGGAACAUCCAUCUUAUUUGCCCACUUUCAAUUCUUUAGACACGGCCGUUAGUUCGCUAUUUAGUAUCAGCGAUUAUACGUUGGUAAGAGUGACCCGUUCCACUUCUAGCGACGACGAAGGUUCGGUGAUAUUAAAGCUUGAAACUGCUAUGCCCGGAGACUACUGCCUAAUAGAUGAUGAAGACCUUGUGGAAGACAUGAUACACAGUAUCGGUAAGCCUAAUGACACACCUAAUAAUUUAUUCAUCAAAAAAAUCGUUGCAAGACCUCGUUAUAAAUCCGACAUGAAAAUCUUUUUAAUUCCAAAGAUUCAAGACAGCUCGCUUUAUGUUGACGAACGCAUGUUCGAAAGAGAUCUAAUCAAUGGGGUUAUAGACGUUGAUCAGUUUUCUUCUGUCAGAAGCAUUUUCUGCACUUUUAAAUUUGACCAUAUUUUGCAUCAGUACAAAAAAUUACUAUCUUUAUCUCGGUUGGAUGAAGAAAGUAAUGAAAAGGAAUCCAAUGACGAGAAGGAAAUAUUAGAAAAUUAUGAUAUUGAAAUGGCCAUGGUCGAUUCUAAUUGA